CAUCGUGCCUGCCGGAAACCGAACGAAGCGGAAUCUCUCAAUCCGUCGACAGACUUGAAGGAAUACCUGCUGCUGAUCUCGCUGGGAAUGCUGUUCUUCCUCCUCGUCUGGGUCGCCGGCACCUGCGCCCUCCGCAUCGCGACCCGGAAGGGGGAAGGCCGGAGAGACCCCGUCGAGGCCAGGGCGGAGGGGGGAGGAGAGGGGAUGGCUCCCUCGGUCGAUCGCCCGUGGAACGACAGGGUCGGCCGGCUGAAUCGGGAGGCGGGGAAUGUUCCGUCUGGUUCCGGUUCCGGCCUGGUGCGUCGAUGCUUCGAGUGCCGAUCCCGGGGGGAGAAGGGAGACUGUCGGGACCCAUUCCUCUUCAACCUGACCUCGUUGCUCGGAGCCGGGGCGGAAGGGGACAAGGCGACCGGGAUCAGCACCAGUCCGUGUGCCUCGGGUUGGUGCGAGAAGAUCCUGGAGGGAGGCCAGGGAACUGAUGACUUCGACCAGGCGACGCACCGUAGGUGCCUGUUGAGGGGUCCACCUGACGGACAGGAGAGGUGUGCACAGGCAAUCAAGGAAGGGAGAAAGGUCUUCACUUGCUUCUGUCAUGGGGAUCUCUGCAACCAUGCUGUCCAUAUCAGCCUCUCUUCCCAUCUUUUAUUCCUCCUUAUCCCCCUUGCCCUCCUCCACUUUUGACACUGCCCACAGCUCUACCAGGUGGAAAUUCCUGUUGCAUUUAAAUUUUGGCAUUGAUAAUAUCCAAGUGAGUGACGAAGCCAAAUGUAGGGUGCAUCACGUCGACUCGAAGCUGGACCAAGUGGGUCCCUAUGAGAGUUUUUGAGAGUUUGAGGCUUUUUGACAUGAUCCCAAUCAUAAGUGAC